UUCAGCUUCUAAAGAAAUAAUAGUGUCUAAGGAACAAGAAGAGGAAACUGAUAGCCGAGUUAAAUAUUUCAGUGUUGUUUGGUGUAAGGCUUCAAAGAAAAAACACAAAAAGUGGGAAGGUGAUGCUGUUCUGAUUAUAAAAGGAAGGUCAUUUACAUUGAAGGACUUGGAAGGCAAAGACAUUGGAAGAGGCAUUGGAUAUAAAUUUAAAGAGCUUGAAAACAUUGAAGAAGGCCAAACAUUGAUGAUUGGUGGAAAAGAAAUAGAGGUCAUGGGAAUAAUCUCUCCAGAUGACUUUAACAGUGGCAGGUGUUUUCACCAUGGAGGAGCAAGUCCUGCUACCCCAAGUUCUUCUCAGAGUGCCAGGAAGAGUUUCUCUAACCCUUUCAAAAGUGUUUGUAAAUCUAGUUCAAAGGAAAAUAGACAGAAUAAUUUCCAAAAUUGCAAACCGCGCCAUGACCCAUCUACACCAAAUUCUGUUGUGAUGCCACGACCAGACAAAAAUCACCAGUGGAUGUUCAAUAAGAACCAUUUUCCAAUUGUGGAUGUAGUGAUAGACCCUUACCUCGUGUAUCAUCUUCGACCACAUCAGAAAGAAGGAAUCGUAUUCCUUUAUGAAUGUGUAAUGGGAAUGAGAAUGAAUGGCAGAUGUGGAGCUAUUCUUGCUGAUGAAAUGGGUUUAGGAAAAACAUUGCAAUGUAUUUCACUCAUCUGGACCCUACAGUGUCAGGGACCCUAAGGAGGAAAGCCAGUAAUAAAGAAGACACUUAUUGUCACACCUGGAAGCUUGGUGAAUAACUGGAAGAAAGAAUUUCAAAAAUGGCUAGGAAGUGAAAGGAUCAAAAUAUUUACUGUUGAUCAGGACCACAAAGUUGAAGAAUUUGUCAAAGCUACAUUUUAUUCUGUUCUUAUCAUCAGUUAUGAAAUGUUACUCCGUUCCUUGGAUCAGAUUAAGAAUAUAAAAUUUGAUCUUCUAAUCUGUGAUGAGGGACAUCGUUUGAAGAACAGUGCCAUUAAGACAACUUCAGCCCUCAUUAGCCUUUCUUGUGACAAAAGGAUAAUUCUAACUGGCACUCCAGUUCAAAAUGAUCUGCAAGAAUUUUUUGCGUUGAUUGAUUUUGUAAAUCCAGGAAUAUUAGGCUCUUUGUCAUCUUACAGAAAAAUAUAUGAAGAACCCAUCAUUAUAUCAAGAGAACCUUCUGCUUCUGAGGAAGAAAAGAAAUUAGGAGAGAGAAGAGCAGCUGAACUUACUUGCCUCACUGGACUCUUUAUUCUUAGAAGAACUCAGGAAGUUAUAAAUAAAUACCUUCCACCAAAAAUAGAAAAUGUAGUCUUCUGCCGACCAGGAGCACUACAGAUUGAACUUUAUCGAAAACUGUUGAGUUCUCAGGCUGUCAGGUUUUGUCUUCAAGGGUUAUCAGAAAAUAGUUCGCAUCUAAUAUGUAUAGGAGCCCUUAAAAAGCUGUGCAAUCACCCCUGCCUUCUGUUCAGCUCUAUAAAGGAAAAAGAACGUUGCUCAACUUGUGAUGAAAAUGAAGAAAGGCGAUUAUAUGAAGGCUUGCUGAGUUUUUCUGAUUACAACCCCCUGCUCUUCACUGAGGAGGAGUCAGGAAAACUACAGGUGUUGUCAAAGCUCUUAGCAGUUAUUCAUGAACUUCGUCCUACUGAAAAGGUGGUGUUGGUAUCCAACUAUACACAAACCUUGAAUAUUUUACAAGAAGUAUGCACACGCCAUGAAUAUGCAUAUGUAAGACUUGAUGGACAAACACCAAUCUCUCAAAGACAGCAAAUUGUUGAUGGCUUCAAUAAUAAAUACUCUUCUGAUUUUAUUUUCUUGUUAAGUUCAAAAGCUGGUGGUGUAGGACUUAACCUUAUUGGAGGAUCUCACUUAAUUCUCUAUGAUAUUGAUUGGAAUCCGGCCACCGAUAUCCAGGUAGAAAUAGUUACACAUUAAAUAGACAUUGUUGAAUGCCUGUGGUUGCAGUGUCUGCUGUGGGCACAAAGAUGAUGAUGUGUGAAUAUGCUGCUGCAUAUUGAGCCCUUAUUUUGUGUCAGGCAUUCUGCUAAAUACUUUCCAGCUUUAUAUUCUCCACAAUAUCCCCAUUUAUAGAUAGCCCUAUUUUACUGAUGAUGAUAUGAAGUCUUCUUAGUUCCGUACCUUUUACGAAGCAGAGCCAGGAUACUGAUGCUUAUCAGGAAAGAUAGUAAAGUAUUAUGGGUGCUAUGAUUAGUGUUUGUGUAGGCUACAGUAAGAGUAUAAAAUAAAUGAAAAACAUUGCUAUAGAAUGCGUGUACUCACUAGAGAGA